AUGUUGGCUUGUGGAGGAAUUGUCCUCCAUGGCGGAGCAUCAGAAUCGUGGAUAGGAAAUGCGGAGAGCUACCACACCACGAAUACAUUCCUUAAAGACCUAGUCAGUAGGGCUGAGGCGUCACUUGGAAAAGGGACUCUCGCUGUUGACGUGGCCGAAGAAGUUGUAGCGGAACUGGAAGACUAUCCUGCCUUUAACGCUGGUAAGGGGGCUGCUGUAAAUGUUGAUGGCAAUUUUGAGGUAGAAGCAGGCAUUGUUAACGGCGCAACCUCUGCAUACCGUGCCGCUGUAUGCCUCCAUGAGACCAAAAACCCAAUUAAGCUGGCGAGAGCGAUGCUGGACAACUCGGGGCCGACCACACCCGUCUUCAUCGCUGGCUCUGGCGGCGAUGAGCUAGCUAAGCAGUUGGGACUGGAAAUAGUGCCCAAUAGCUACUUUGCCACCGAAAGUCGAACCAGCUACUGGCAUAAGAAGAAGGCCGAGAUGUCAGAGCACGGCACAGUUGGUGCGGUGGUGCUGGAUGUACAUGGCAACCUUGCUGCAGCGAAUUCAACAGGCGGGAUGAUGUUCAAACCUGUUGGGAGGGUGGGAGAUACAGCAGUGUUGGGCUCUGGUUUAUAUGCCGACAAGAAUGUGGCUAUAGCUUGCAGCGGCGGAGGUGAGGCCAUUCUGGCGUCGAUGCUUGCAGGCCGCAUCGCCAAUCUGUACAGCAAUGGCAUCACCAUCGCCAAGGCAGUUGAGCAGGCCAUGCGGGAUGCUUCACAGCUGUUUCCCACCAUCUCGUGCGGCGUGAUUGCUAUUACGGCUGAUGGACAACAAACGGCCCAAUGCAACAGCCGCAUCUUCAACAUUGGGUCCUCUGGCAGCAAGUCGGGAUCGAGCCAUGUCGGUUUGCUACCCUGCACCAUGCCAAUUAUAACACCUCUGUGUUUUUACGAGGACGAAUUGAUGCGAGUGGGAGUGUCAAGGCAUCCGACGAGGCUGAACCAGCUGACAUUCCAGCUCAAGCAAGAUUUGAGUCUGGUCAACAUGUCGGAAGAGCAGGUGUAUGCGCUCUUUGGCAAACUGAAAAGGAUUUGCCAGUCACUUGUUCAAAGCACGGGAGCGUCCGACGUGGCCAUGGUGAGCUGGGCUGGCUGCACUGGGGGGCAUUUGUUCCCUAUAGGCGAAGAUGGUGAGCCGAAAAGGGAAUUCGAGAGCGAGACAGACAGAGCAGAAGACUACCAGACAGUAUUUGGCGAUGGAUUCAUGGCGAUACGGCAGCGCGUGGCUACUGGUACUACCAACGGUGGUGAUGUUGCGGACGCCAGCCUGUUGCUGCUUGGGGAUGCCGAGAUCCGCUGGGCUGUGGAGCUGUUCCAGCGAGCCCUGGAGAAGGACGCUUCGCUAAGGAUGGGCUUACAUAGUGGAGGCUGGUCGCUAUUCGCGGGCCGGCAACUUGCUCCCCUGUCCCUGUCAGCCCCGUCAUCGUCGGCUCCGAGCUCAAGCUACUGCUACCGCGACGUAUUGGUGGCCUCAUCUUACAUCGACCCUUACUGGCCCAGUCCGGCGCCAUUCAUGGUGGCGUGA